CCCACGCGGGGUCGCAUGCGGAUCCACUGCCUGGAGAACGUGGACAAGGCCCUGCAGUUCCUCAAGGAGCAGAGGGUCCACCUGGAGAACGUUGGCUCUCACGACAUCGUCGACGGCAACCACCGCCUCACCCUUGGCCUCAUCUGGACCAUCAUCCUUCGCUUCCAGAUCCAGGGGAUUAAGAUCGAGUGUGACGACAACAGGGAGACUCGGUCGGCAAAGGAUGCCCUACUACUCUGGUGCCAGAUGAAAACCGCUGGGUACUCUGAGGUCAACAUCCAGAACUUCACCACGUGCUGGAGAGAUGGUCUCGCCUUCAACGCUCUCAUUCACCGACACAGGCCUGAUUUGAUUGAGUUCCAUAAGCUGAUCCGGUCCAAUGCCACACACAACCUCCAGCAAGCCUUCAACAUUGCUGAGCAGAACCUGGGGCUCACCAAACUCCUGGACCCUGAAGACGUGAAUACGGAGAACCCAGAUGAGAAGUCGAUAAUAACCUAUGUUGUGUCCUACUACCAUUACUUCUCCAAGAUGAAAGCCCUUCGAGUAGAGGGCAAGAGAGUGGGAAAGGUCUUGGACAGUGCCAUUGACGGUCAGAAGAUGAUCGAUCGAUAUGAGGCUCUGGCCUCGGAGCUCCUGGAGUGGAUCGAGAAGACCAUAGGCAUCAUCAGCAACCAAAAGUUUGCCAACUCCUUAACGGGUGUCCAGCAACAGCUUCAAGCCUUCACCACCUACUGCACCAUCGAGAAGCCCAUCAAGUUCCAGGAGAAGGGGAACCUGGAGGUGCUCCUCUUUACUAUCCAAAGCAAGCUCAGAGCUAACAACCAGAAACCAUACGUGCCCCAUGAAGGGAAACUCAUCUCUGAUAUCAAUAAGGCGUGGGAGAGGCUGGAGAAGGCGGAACACGAGAGAGGCGUGGCACUACGGCAGGAGCUGAUUCGCCAGGAGAAGCUGGAGUUGCUGGCCCAGCGGUUUGACCACAAGACCACCAUGAGACAGGCGUGGCUCAACGAGAACCAGCGCCUCGUGUCUCAGGAUAACUUUGGCUACGACCUGCCAGCGGUGGAAGCCGCCAUGAAGAAGCACGAGGCCAUUGAGGCGGACAUCUCGUCGUACGAGGAGCGCAUCGGGGUGGUGGUGGAGCUGGCUGGGGAGAUGGAGACGGAAGGCUACUACGACAUCCGGCGCAUCUCGGCCCGAAAGGAGAACAUCCUGGGCCAGUGGAGCCUGCUGAAGGAGCUGGUGGUGGGGAGGAAGGCCCGGCUGGAGAAGAACCUGGCCCUGCAGAAGACCUUCCAGGACAUGGUCUACAUGAUCGACUGGAUGGAGGACAUGCAGGUCCAGCUCCUUUCCAAAGACUUCGGCAAGCAUCUGCUGGAGGUGGAUGACCUGCUGCAGAAACACAGCCUCCAGGAAGCUGACAUCACAGUGCAGGCAGAGAGGGUGCAGACCCUUAACUCAGCCGCUCUCAAAUUCACCACCAUCGAAGGCUACCAGCCCUGUGACCCCCAGGUGAUCUGCAACCGGGUCAACCACGUCAGCACCUGCCUGGAGGAGCUCAAGCAGCUGGCGGCCAAGCGGCGCUCGGAGCUGGAGGAGUCUCAGCACCUUUGGGCAUUCUUCCAGGAAGUGGAGGAGUCUGAGGCCUGGAUCCGCGAGAAGAGCUCCAUCCUGGCCGCCCAGACCUGCGGCAAGGACCUGAGCAGCGUGCUGCGGCUGCUCCAGAAACACAAGACCCUGGCUGGGGAGCUGCUGGCCCACCGCUCCCUCCUCCAACAGACCAUGAAGAAGGGCAAGCAGAUCCUGAUGGAGAAGAGUUUUGGCACGGGGGGCAUCCAGGAGCGCAUCAUGGAGGUGAAAGGGGAGUGGAAGAGGCUGGAGGACCAGGCGGCGCAGAGACUGGGCCACCUGCAGGAGGCACUCAACUUCUUCCAGUUCAGCACGGAGACGGACGACUUGUUGGCUUGGUUGCAGGACGCCUACCGCCUGGUUUCCAGCGAGGACUUUGGCCACGACGAGUACUCCACCCAGUCACUGCUCAAGAAGCACCGGGGUGUGCGCGAGGCCGUGGACAAGCACCGGCUGCAUGUAGUAACUCUGCGCAAACACAUGGUGGCGCUGCCACUGCACUACCGGGAGCUGGACGAGGUGCAGUCAAGAAUGGGCGAGGCGGAGCAGCUGUACACCGAGGUGGCCGAGGUGGCCGUCCUGAGGCAGCAGUGGCUGCACGACGCGCUGGCCGUCUACCUCAUGUUCAGCGAGGUCAACGCCUGCGAGGUGUGGAUCGAUGAGAAGGAGCAGUGGCUUAACAAGAUGGAGGUUCCAGAGAGGCUGGAGGACGUGGAGGUCAUAGCCCAUAGGUUUGAGAGCCUGGACCAGGAGAUGAACAGCCUGAUGGGAAGGAUCCUGGACGUGAACCAGAUAGUGCAGCAGCUCCUGGACAGUGGUCACCCCAGCUCUACAGAGGUCAGAGGCUGUCAGGACCACCUCAACAGCAGAUGGAACCGCAUCGUGGAGAUGGUGGAGCAGAAGAAGGACCACCUGGACUCUGUCCUCCGUCUCCAGAACUACCUGCUGGAGUGUGCUGAGAUUAAGUCCCAAAUCCAGGAGAAGCGCAAGGCCAUCGACGCCACUCAGUACGUGGGGAGUGACCUGGGCGGGGUGCUGGCCCUGCAGCGCCGACUCUCCACCAUGGAGGGGGCCCUGGCCGUGCUGGAGCCCAAGCUGCUUCACCUGCAGCAGGAGGCAGAGGAACUGGCCAUCUCGCACCCGGCCAAGGCCAUGGAGGUCCUGGAGCCCUUCGAGGGCAUCAGUGUAGAGUGGGAGGAGCUGAAGCGCACGCUGCAGGGCUGCGAGGACUCUCUGAUGGUGGCGGGGCGGCUGCAGCAGUUCAUCCAGGACCUGGACUCCUUCCUGACGUGGCUGGUGCAGACGCAGACGGCGGCAGCUAGCGACGAGCUGCCCAACGCGCUGGAGGAGGCAGAGAGGCUGAUCAACCGCCACGCGGCGCUGAAGGAGGAGAUCGGGAGGUACGAGGAGGACUACGAGCGGCUGCAGGCGGUCAACGAGCUGCUGGAGGCCGAGGAGGCGCCGCUGCCAUACGCGGCGCUGCAGCAGUGGCUCCAGAAGCUGGAUGUGGGCUGGAACAAACUGCUAGAGAUGUGGGAGAGCCGGAGGGAGGUGCUGGUGCAGGCGCACAUCUUCCACCUCUUCCUGAGGGACGUCAAGCAGGCCGAGGCCUUCCUCAACAACCAGGAGUCGGCCCUGGCCCACGUUGAGCUCCCCGCCACGGUGGAGACGGUGGAGGCUGCCAUCAAGAAGCACAAGGACUUCACCACCACCAUGGAGCUCAACCUGCAUCGCAUCAAGGCUGUCAUCGAGGCCGGAGAGAGCCUCAUUAGCCAGAGCAACAUCUACUCGGACCGUAUCAGGGAGCGUGUGAACACCCUCGCUAACAGAGGCAACCAGAACCGGGAGCUGGCCCAACAGUGGCUGGAGAGGCUCAACGGCCAGUGGGGGCUCCAGAGAUUACUACAGGACUGCCACGAGCUUGGAGACUGGGUGGCAGAGAAGAUGCUCAUGGCUCGUGACACGUCCCGCGAUGAGACGCAGAAGCUGCACAAGAAGUGGCUGAAGCACCAGGCUUUCAUGGCCGAGCUGGCCCAGAACAAGGAGUGGCUGGAGAAGAUCGAGAGGGAGGGCCAGCAGUUGAUCCAGGAGAAGCCCGAGCUGGGUCCGGUGGUGCGGAGGAAGCUGGGGGAGAUCCACGAGUGUUGGCAGGACCUGGAGAGCACCACCCAGGCCAAGGCCCGCCAGCUGUUUGAAGCCAACCAGGCUGACCUGCUGGUGCAGAGCUACACCAGCCUGGACCAUCAGCUGCACCAGCUGGAGGGACAACUGGGCUAUGUGGACCAGGGUCAGGACCUGACCAGCGUCAACAAGCAGCUCAAGAAGCUCCAGACGAUGGAGUGUCAGAUGGAGGAGUGGUAUAAGGAGGUGGGGGAGCUGCAGGUGGCGGCGGCCUCCGUCCCCCAGCAGGGCCAGGUCAUGGACACGGUCAGCGAGCGCCAGUCCGCCGUGGAGACGCGCAUCGUCCGCCUCAUCGAGCCGCUCAAGGAGCGCCGGCGCAUCCUUCUGGCCUCCAAGGAGGUUCACCAAGUGGGCCGGGACCUGGAGGACGAGAUACUGUGGGUGCAGGAGCGGCUGCCUGCCGCCACGUCUCAGGAGCACGGCUCCAGCCUACAGGCUGUGCAGCAGCUCAUGAAGAAGAACCAGACUCUGCAGAGGGAGCUACAGGGCCAUCGGGCGAGGGUGGAGGACGUCCUGGAAAGAGCUAAUGUCAUCGCCUCCAUCCGCAGCCCCGAGGCUGACUGUGUGCGGGCGGGCCUGGAGCAGCUCAAUGGGCUGUGGGGUCUGCUGUGGGCCGAGACGGAGAGAAGACAGCUGGUGCUGGAUGCCAUGUACCAGGCCCAGCAGUACUACUUUGACACGGCCGAGGUGGAGGCCUGGCUCAGCGAACAGGAGCUGCACAUGAUGAACGAGGAAAAGGGAAAGGAUGAGCCCAGCACCCUGCAGCUACUGAAGAAGCACCUGGUACUGGAGCAGACGAUAGAGGACUACGCUGAGACGAUAGGCCUUCUCUCCCAGCAGUGCAGGCAGCUACUGGAGAUGGGACAUCCAGACAGUGAGCAGAUCAGUAAGCGUCAGUGUCAGAUGGACCGGCUGUACGUGUCUCUGAAGGACCUGGUGGAGGAGAGAAAGUCUCGUCUGGAGCAGCAGUACUGGUUCUACCAGCUCAACCGCGAGGUGGACGAGCUGGAGCAGUGGAUCGCUGAGAGGGAGGUGGUGGCCAGCUCGCCAGAACUGGGACAGGACUUUGAACACGUCACGAUCCUGCAGGAGAAGUUCACAGAGUUUGCGUCGGAGACGGGCAGUCUGGGUCAGGAGCGUGUGACGGCGGUUAACCAGAUGGUGGACGAGCUGAUCGACUACGGCCACGCCGACGCCGCCACCAUCGCCGAGUGGAAGGACGGCGUGAACGAGGCCUGGGCCGACCUCCUGGAGCUCAUGGAGACCCGGGCACAGAUGCUGGCCGCCUCGCACCAGCUCCACAAGUUCUUCACCGACUGCCGCGAGGUCUUGGCCCAAAUUGAUGAUAAGCAGCGGAGGUUGCCCGAGGUGCGGGCGCGCCAGGGUGGCACCGCCAACACCAGCACCCUGCAGAGGCUCAUGCAGAGCUUCGAGCACGACAUCCAGCUGCUCGUCACUCAGGUGAGGCAGCUCCAGGAGAGUGCGGGUCAGCUCCGGACCAUCUACGCCGGGCAGAAGGCUGAGGCCAUCGCCGGCCGGGAACAGGAAGUGAUGCAUUGCUGGAAGGAGCUCUUGACUUCCUGCGAGGAGUGCCGAGUGCAGAUCACCACGGCAACAGACAAGCUGCGGUUCUUCGGGGUGGUGCGAGACCAGAUCAUGUGGAUGGACAGCAUCAUCUCUCAGAUCGGCACAGGGGACAAUCCAAGCAUUCCCUCCAGCGAUAUAACGGGCUCUGGACUCUCUGGUCCUUUCAGGGAUGUGUCCUCAGUGGAGGUACUGAUGAACUACCACCAGAGCUUGAAGAGCGAGGUGGAGGCGCGCAGUAAGAGUGUGCUGCAGUGCAUCGAGAUGGGCAAGACGCUGCUGGCCGCGCGCAACCCUGCUGCUGAGGAGAUCAAGGAGAAGCUGGAUACGGUGGUGGCCAAGCAGUACGAGCUGUCUGAGAAAUGGGACAAACACUGGGAGGUCCUGCAGCACAUGCUGGAGGUGCACCAGUUUGCCCAGGAAGCGGUGGUGGCCGAGGCCUGGCUCACAGCCCAGGAGCCCUUCAUCAACAGCAAGGAGUUGGGCGCCAGCGUGGACGAGGUGGAGCAGCUCAUCCGCCGCCACGAGGCCUUCCGCAAGGCCGCCGCCACCUGGGAGGAGCGCUUCAGCUCGCUACGACGCCUCACCACGGUGGAGAAGAUGAAAGCAGAGCAGAGUAAGCUCCCUCCCACCCCCCUGCUGGGUCGUAAGGUGUUCCUGGACCCCCAGGAGACGUCCCCUGCCCGGAGCCAGGGCUCCCCCCUGAUGAGACGGAUCCAUUACGAGCAGGCCGAGCCCAGAGCCGAAAGGCCCCCCCAGGAACCCUCGCCCUCUUCCGUGGCCCGCCGCCUGGGCUCCACCGUAGCCAACUACACCCCCAUCAUGAACGGCUCCAGUGGCUACCGCAGCAGUCUGGAGGCCCGGGCCAUCCCAGUGAUGGGGGAGUGGCUGGGGGUGUAGUCGGGGUGGCAGCCAGGCUGGGAACAGCUGCUGUGGAGGCAACAAAUUUAGGGACCACCGCCGCCAUGGAGGUCCGAGGGGU